AUGUAUUUCCCUUCGCGGCAAUCAUCCGUCCAAGCCAGUGCAACGACAUCAACCGCAACAACGAGUUCAACAAUGACAAUCGAAACCGCUGCGCCAUCGAAUAUCUACUUUUCAUUGAGUUCUCAUCCAUUGUGGUCAUCUCAUUUAUCAUCACUGCCAACUGACAUAUCAUCAAGUUAUUACGAUCAACGUUACGUACAACAACAGUCAACUGAUCCAAUUUUUCGUACACCAGUGAUGAUGUCUGACGUGCCAAUACGCUUUUCAUUUCCCACAACAUCCUCACAUUUUGGACUCUAUCCUAAUUCAUGCGUAGAUAUGUAUGGAAAUAAAGAUGCACAUGUAAAUCAGUUGAGAGCAGCAGCAGCAACAGUCACAUCUUCAUUUGAACACAACAGUAACAGUUCAACAACUUUUCCUUACACAUCGUCUCAUCGACAAGGUAAUCCCUCAUCCAGCAAAAAUAAACUUUAUGCAACAUCAGUAUUAGGUAGUAAUACGUCAGAUAAAAAUGUCUCAUCAUCACCGCAACACCAUCAUUCUACCGUCUCAAAUGGUCGUCAUCGUCAAGGCAUUAGCACAAACGGAACGUUUUCAUCAUCAACAAUUGAUUCGUCAGGAUUAUGUCAUUCUCCUCAGCAGAACGCUCACCGAGAACCAUACACUUGCCAGAAAAGUGAUGAACGACAACUUUCAUUGAAACGAUCGCGUUCACCACAACAAAAUAGUACUGGUCACACAUUAUUAGACGGUCUGCAAACAACACCAGCAAAUGAAAAAGCAUUGACCUUGAAAAAAUUUCGUGAAGAAAAUUUCAUUAAAUUAGGCUCGGGGGAAAUGAAAAUAAUAAAAGAAUUAACAACAAACGAUUUUAUUAAAAGUGCCGAUGAUAGUGAUGAAUACUCAAGUAUUCUAGCCUGUGUGAAAGAUGUGGGAGUUGUUGACAACAAAUCAGGAAAAGCACAAAUUAUAUUCGACAUUGCUGAACUUCAAAAAACGAUCGUAUCUGAUGUUUUAGAAGAAAUGCCAUUUUUUGUGUACCAGCAAACAUGGUCAUCAAUUAAUCCGAAUAAAACUCGUGUCGUUUGCGGUCUUGAAUGUCGUCUAUUAGAAAAGGGCGAUUUAAUUAUUGCUGUUAUGGAACAAAAUCAUCUUCCAUCGAUUUUAACUUCCGUUAAGGCAAUCUCACCACCGCUGCCGAUACCACCGUCGUUAACAGCUAACGAUAAAAACACAGCACUAACUCGUUUGUCUCCAUGCAAAAAAACGCCAACAGAAUAUUUGAUUAACCAGUAUAGUAAUGAAAAUACCAGUACAGGUAAUUAUAAUAAAUAUAUAAAAAAUAAGACUGAUCGAUGGACACCAUUUUUACCAAGCCGUAUCUCAUCAGAUUUUCAGCCAAUUCCAACAACAGAAUUAUCAACAGAAACCAUUAAUCAUAAUGUUCGUCGUAAAUCGUCAGAAGAAAACUCUCUUCCGAAUACAAAUGCAUCAGUUUUCUCAUCAUCUUCCAGUAGGCCUUCAUCACCCUCUUCUUCACAUCUUCCAAGUACCCAUAAACGUCAAAAACUAUCCUCAGAUACAUCAAGGGUACAAGCAACAGUUGUAGAUCAUAAUGAAGAUUUACCAAAUGUACAAACGAAAAAUUAA